AGCUAACUGAAAGUAAGAUGAAUAUUUCUGAAUCAUUUUUACUUAAACUUUGAUCACUGAUUGAAAAUAACACACAAAAACAGCUCAAAAUCUAUGUUAGAACACAUAUUCCAUAGGUAAUAACAGUUCACACAACCACGAUGUCCAAACACCGUAACUCGAUGAAACAACUGUAACACUUUCUUGACAAGCGAGAAGGACGAAUAGCUGUGGCGCCAAGGUUUGACUGAAGUGGUAGGGAGGAAAGUUAGAUAACAAAAAAAUAUUUGUUUUUUAUGUUUUAUGAAUACAUUAUGACGUUUAUAAAAUAUUUACAAAGCUAAAGUGAAAAUAUUUUCAAUUUAAAUAACAGUUUCUAUAAGUUUGUGUAAUUGAGUUCUGUAACUGGAAUUCCAACUUAGUCAUCAGGUAGUCUGCUUGCGUAUUGUUAGAGGAAAAUGAAUCAUUCCAGAAUCCCAAACACGAUGCCUAAAAUCAGUCAAAGGAAGAAGGCAACAUAUCAACGAAAUGCUAAAAAACCUGUCUUAUUUAUUACCUUAAAAAAACCCAAACCGACAGAUCCUUUGGACUCACGGGAAGGAUUUUGUUAUAAAGACGACAUGGACGAGGAUGAUAAUAAAUUAUCAGAAAAAAGUGAGAGUCUAGAAGAAAUCGUACAUCGCCGGAAAAAAUUGCCCACGAAACGCGACGGAGAUGAAGUCAAUAAAAGAAAGCAAGGUUUGGUUCCUAAACCUUUGAACACCGGUGGCGUCAAAAGGAAAGAUAUAGAAGAGUUUCUGAAAGAACAAAUGAAGAAAAGAUGCAGAAAACAUAAUCAUAGUAAAACACGUGCUCUUUAUGCCAAUCUUCUUUAAGUAAUUUUUAUUGUAAUGUUUUAAGACAUAAUUUUUCUUAAACAAAAUAAAGAAAAGAAAAGAAAAAGAGAGACAACUUUAAUUUGAUAUAUUUAUUUCGAUGGCAAAACUUAUAUGAUAAUAAAUAUAAGUUAUGUUCAACUAAAUAUCAGAAAAGAAAAUUGAAGAAAAAAAAACUAAGGUGUGUGCUUUAGACCACACGAUAGAAGGGAAAAUAACAAGGCCAGAUUAAUAAUAUGGAAUAUAAAUUGUAAAUAAUAGAUCAUUAUAAAGAGGGUCAAAUGAUGAAUACUUUCCUCGCUUACAGUACGCAGGUCUGAUUUUUGCUUCUGAGAUAUUUUAAUCCAUAUCUUCCAUAAAACCCAUAAUUUGGGUUACGGUUAUAUUAUAUCCCAGUAUUUUUCAAUUAUUUUGAUUACAUCUUUCCAGUUGAUAUUGGUAAAUUUUUAUUUUAUUUUAUUUCUUUAUGACAUUUACAACUGUAUUACAUAAAUACAUCAAGUAAAUUUGGACAUAAUUGAUAUAAUGACAUGAAUACACUUGCUGAGUAACUACCCAAUGGUAGCACUCUAAUGAUAUGUCUACAUUAGGAG